UGCGCGGGGUCCUGCGCCUCCUACUCCUCGAUACGCGAGAGUCAUGAAUCUCCCUGAGCAACAGCAGCUGCCGCCGCAGGACCUGGCCCCUGUAGAGCCGCCGUCCCUCGGCCUAGGUUUAGGUCCGCCCGCAGUGAGUCCAGGUGAUGCUUCUCCAGAUGAAGGGCUAAUGGAAGACUUGACUCUUGAAAAUAAAGCUCUGGAGCAACUAGCACAAGGAUUACUUUCUCAUUAUUUACCAGAUUUGGAGAGAUCAAAGCAGGCCCUACAGGAACUCACACAGAACCAAGUGGUAUUACUAGAUACAUUAGAGCAAGAGAUUUCAAAAUUCAAAGAAUGUCAUUCUAUUUUGGAUAUUAAUGCUUUGUUUACAGAAGCUAAAUACUAUCACAACAAGUUAGUGAAUAUAAGAAAAGAGAUGCUGACACUUCAUGAAAAGACAUCAAAAUUAAAAAAAAGAGCACUUAAGCUUCAACAAAAGAGACAGAAAGAAGAGUUGGAACGGGAACAGCAACGAGAAAAGGAAUUUGAAAGAGAGAAACAGUUAACUGCUAAACCAGCUAAGAGGACAUAAAAAAAACUAAGCAGCAGUUAUGUUGUCCAUGUAUAUAUGUUUAUUUUUAUAUGUAUAUAUGUACGAGUGUGUACAUACUUAUUUUCCCUUCCCUUAUAGCAUAGUCUUUGGAUUUAAGAGAGCUUGAUUGGUAGGGCCAGUUUGAUGUAGUGCCUUAUGCCAUCGUUCAGAAUUCUAAUGUGCUUUGCACUCACUGAAUUGCCACUUUUUCAUUCUAGCCAUUUAGGAUGCCAUGUUUUUCAUUGGUUGUCAAAAUGUAAAUCCGUUUGAAUGUUGUAUAAUAUUUAACUUUUUUCAACCUAGCUUUUCUUAUACUUUAAAAAAUCAACUGGAUUUUUGCUUUGAUACAUUUAAUGAUGAAUGGUUUGAUUUUAUUCAUUUGACAAAUAUUAAAAGCACUUACUUUGUGUUGGACCCUUAGGGUUGAAAGCAUAGUCAAGGUCCUGUACAUGUACACAAUUUCAAAUUUGUUUUUUGUUUAUUGGAAUGCCUUGUUCUUCUGGGGAGCCAUAUAAUGAUGACUUCUGAUUCUCUGCCCCAUGAUUAAAUUGAGAGGGCCUCUUCCAUUGCUUUUGUUAAGGACUCUAAUGAUGUUACCAUACCAACUGUCUAACAAUACACACCAAUUACAGGAGGUGCUUUGUAUAAAGCCUACAUGAGAGUGUCAGAAAUUUUUCAUGGGAAAAUUUGACACAAGAAUAAUGACGAUAUUAUUGGUGUCUUUGACAGAAAAAAUGAGCAAAAGAGAAAAUUGUCUUUAUAGAAUAGACACCACAUAAUCUUUUCCCAACAUUUUCAGACCUUAUAUCUUCAACAACAUCAACUUCUUAUGUUCUUUAAAUUGGACUACUUGAUCUGUCAACUGGUAUUAUAGGGCUACAGUGGUACUCUGGAACCAUUGGCCCUUCUUUACGUGGACAUUUAUGAUAUUCAGUAACAAUUUUCAAGCACUGAAAUGAUAGUCAAGUAGAUAGGGAUACUUAAGCCACAUUUUUUUGACUUGCUAGUGGGGUCUCUAGCUCUGUCUUGUGAUUUCCUGUGUCUCUUUAGUGUUUACCUUAUCAUUCCAUGCUUUGCUUCACUUAUAAAUGAAAAUUAUGUUGCCUACCCAUUUUGUGGUAGGCAUUUUAUGUUCCAGAGAAGGUUGGUAAAGAAAGUAUUUUUUUUUUGGGGGGGGGGCAGGGCAAUGAGGGUUAAGUGACUUGCCCAGGGUCACAUAGCUAGUAAGUGUCAAGUGUAUGAGGCCAGAUUUGAACUCAGGUCCUCCUGAAUCCAGGGCUGGUGCUUUUAUCCACUGUGCCACCUAGCUACCCCUCCAGAAAGUAUUUUUAAGAAAGACACACACCAUUGUGAAACUAAGUCUUUUUCAGAAAUUUUUUGAAUGCGUGCAGGAAAAUAUUAUGUGGAGAAAAUUAUAUUUUCACUCUCCAAAAUCCAGAGUGUGCAUAUUCCUCUUAUAAUGUUAAGGGGUAUUUGACAGUUGUCUAAUCUCUAUCACAUAGGGAAUGAUCAGAAACUAGGAGGGUAUAUGAUUAGAAUGUAUAUCUUUUCUUUUUUUUUCUUUAAUUUUUAGUGAGGCAAUGGGGGUUAAGUGACUUGCCCAAGGUCACACAGCUAGUAAGUGUCAAGUGUCUGAGGCCGGAUUUGAACUCAGGAACUCCUGAAUCCAGGGCCGGUGCUUUAUCCACUGUGCCACCUAGCCGCCCCUAUCUUUUCUAAUUCACAUUACAAUUUGCAGGUAUCUUUUGAUUAAGUUAAAAUCUACCUCUAAUAAUCUAUUUGGCUAAUAGAGAAGGAUAGGAAAAUAUUUGAUUCUGGAAGAAUACUAAAAAAUAGGUCUAUUAAUACACUUUAUUUUUCUUCUUCUUAAGUGAAUGAUUACACACCACCUUGACUUUGACUUAUGAAUGUUAGUUUCACAUGACUAAAUAUUGAGAUCUAUAUGCUGAAACUGCUUGGGCGGGAUUUGGAUAAAUUAAAGAUUUAAAGGAACAUCACAAAAAUGUCUGUGUAUAAUUGGUUUAAUUUGGUAGAGUUGGAUGGUUUGAAUUACUGAGCUAGUUUAAAAUUAUUACAUAUCCCAUUGUUGUGUAAUCAGUUCUAUCACUUUUUUUUUUAAAGACAGGCUUUUAAGACUGAACUCUUAACAGGCAGUAAAUAUCUUGAGAAUUUUGGGUUAUAUGAGUUAUUCAUUUAAUUAGCCAUAUUAAAGUAGAUAAUGAGGUUGGUAUGUAUAGCAAAGCACUUGUGGUUUGAUUUUUUGCAUUUUGAUAACUUAAGAGUAGCAAAUUGAAAAGCUGAUAUAUAAGUACUAACCAUUUUUAGGUUGGGUUGUAAAUCAAAAAAUACAGUUACUUAGUAAGUGAAACACAGCUUAGAGAUUUAGCUUUCUCAAAAUUUUACAUAGCUCUCAAAAUGUAUAUAAGAAUAUAAGUAUAAGAAAUUGAAAAGUUGCUGACAAAUUCAUUUGGUACUAUAUCGAGCACAAAACCAAUAAAGAAGCACUGGCAUGGUCCUUAGGAUCUUUUCAUAUUCCACUUUAAAAAGUAAUCAUUGCCUUUAUUUUGAAACUAUAUCAUGUAUGUAGUGAGGAUUAUUUUGCUUUAGCUUGUGAAAUUUAAAAAAUAUUGACUUUGUUGCAGGUCUAAUAGUUUAUAUGAACAUUGAAUGUGAUUCAAAUUGUGCAGGUAUUGAGAUUUUUUUGAGAGAUGUUGUCAAAAGUUAUUCCAGGUAUACAGUAUAUUCCUUCAUACAUUAGUCUGAUUUUUGAGCUUGUAAAACAAGGAAUAUUUUUACAUGUUUAAUAAAAAGUGGCUUAUGA